UGACGACACUAUUCAUCUCAGGAAGUAGAAAGGGAACUUCCUGUAUUCCUUGUGCGUUAAUAUUGGAGGUCACUUUGCUUUAAAAAGCAGCAGUCAUGGGUGGAGAUCACGGGCAUGGGCACGGCAAAUUGUCCAUGCCAGACUUCAAAGUGUGGAAAUGGGAAGGAACGCCACUGGAAGUGACCCAGCAGAGGCUUGCUCGAAGAGGACUCCGGGACCCCUGGGCUCGGAAUGAGGCAUGGCGAUAUACAGGCAGUUUUGGCAUCCCCGUUACCUUCCGAGAUAUUCUCCUCCGUGGAUUUAAGGCAGGAUUCGCAGCAUUUGCAGUGGCUCUUGCAGUGGAGUAUGCUUUCUUCCCUCCAAAGAAGUCGGAGCACUAAUGUCAUGGCUUGCCUACAGUAGUUAAAGCUCAGAAGAGCCAGUCACCAUCAGACUCUGUUUCCUGCAGGUUUUAAGCCUGUUGUUGUCUUUCCAUAAAGACAUUAGCCCGUGAAGGGCUUCCUAUACUUAUGUGUUCAAUCAUCAUUAUGUUUCCAAUGACCAGUCUAAAGAAUAAAAAUAAGUGAAUUCA